UCCCGGCGGUGAUGGGGCCAUGGCGGCGCCGGCCGCAUUCAGCCUGCGGGAGGUGCUGAGCGCCUUCGAGGCCUGCGUGACGGAGCAGAGGGAGGUGCUGCUCGGGCCCUACCUGUGCGGCUGGCGGGGGCUCAUCCGGUUCCUGCACAGCCUGGGCGCCGUCUUCUCCUUCAUCUCCAAGGAUGCGGAGGCCAAAGUGCAGCUGAUGGAGGGGCUGUGCUGCGGCGAGCACCGGGAGCGGUACGUGUCGCUGCAGUCCAUGGUGCGGUACGAGCUGGACAGCGGGCUGGUGGAGCUGCACCGGCGCUCGGGCCGGCCCGACUCCGGGUGCCGCACGGUGCUGCGGCUGCACCGAGCCCUGCGCUGGCUGCAGCUCUUCCUGGAGGGGCUGCGGACAGGCGGGGAGCACUCACGGACGUCCGCGAUCUGCACGGACUCCUAUAACGCCUCCUUAGCCGCCUUCCACCCCUGGGUCAUCCGCAAGGCAGCCACCAUGGCCUUCUGUGCGCUGCCGUCCCGCGAUGCCUUCCUGCGGACCAUGAACGUGGGCUCGGCCGAGGACGCCGUGGCCGUGCUGGGGGAGGCCUUGCCCCACAUCAGUGAUGUCUACAGCAUCACCCAGGAGCUGUUCGCGCAGCACCGCCUGCUCGACCUGCCCUAAGGGUGCUGGGGAGCGACGGGAGCAGGGGGGAAGCGGUGCUUGAGCGGGGUCGGGGUCGCUGGGCCGGAUCACAUUCCCUUUCCUUUCGCUGGUGAAGCUAUUCAGGAUGCCUCACUUUGUAAGAGAACAGGCACCUGCUGGGCUUAGGUGUGAUUGUGUGUGUGUGGCUGGGGCGGCUCUGCAGGAAGAGAAACGCAGUGUGCUGAUGGGACAGAACAGUCCGGGGUGGAACAGACCUUCAGGAUGCUCUGGGUCCAGCUCUCCAGCAGGACUGGGUUUGAUUCUUCUUUAAGCCAGACUCUGCAACUGCAGCAGCUUCUGUGCAUUGAUGCCAAUAGCUGGGCCCUUGUGUGGCAGCAAGGCUCCAGGAGCCAUGUCUGAGCACAUCUGCUCCCCCUGAGCUCACCUUGUUUACAAGCUGUUCCUUAACACAUCGGGGGAGUUGACCCCUCUUUUGAUUUAGCCUUGGAAAUCGAGCCCUGAGUGAUGUGUGGCUGAAAGGAAGCGCUUUUCCAUGUGGUCAGAGGCUCAUUUGCUUACUGCUGCUCAUCCUGUGUCCCCUGAACUGAAGGAGGGAAGGGUCCUGUGUGUCGGUGCUGUGAGAGACGGUUCCUCCUUGGUGCAUGGAGCCACUAAGAAGGAUCUUCCUUCCCUGUAGCUUCCCCUGCCCAUUCAUCUCUGCUCUAUGCAUCCUGCAAUGCAGAACAGCUUUAACAGGUACUGCUCAGUCCUCCCCAGCCAUGCUCCUAAAUCUGCUCUCAUUAAUUCUGCUUAAUGAAUGUGUCAAACGCUCACAAAACAACUUCUCUGCCUAAGCUGGGGCAAAUCUGAACUGCUCUGGGAGCUCCUAUUGCAAAUCAUUAUGUAAUCACCAGUGUGUGUGCAGACACACACCACCAAGUAUGUGAAAUACAGUCUGCUUCAGCUUUCUAAUGCUGGAAAAGCACUUCAGGAUGUGAGGAAUAUCUGGGGGAGGAGGGGGAACCUCACACGAUCUGACUGUAUCUCAAUAGAGACGUUUUGACCUGAUGGAACACUAAGGGAUUCAGGAAAUCACUGAUACCUCAUGGAGAUUAAACUGACUGGACAUUAAAUUGUGCAAAUCACA